CCAAACGCCGUUGGCUUCUGAAACCCACCGCGCGGGGCUCCGGCUGCCUGCUUGCAGCUGGCAGGAGUGCAGCAUGUCCAGUGGCCCACAGCUGUCGCCCGAGGAGGAGGAGGCUCUGCGGCAGAUGCAGGAGGAAGUGAGCAGUCAGCUGCCAGACCGAAGAAGUGAAGGCGACAGCAGCUGGCUGGCCAACGGCGCGCAGGUGGAGCUGCAUGGGCUACAGAAGGCCCAGACGUUGAAUGGCCAGCGCGGCGAAAUCGUUGGCUUUGAUGACAAGCAGCUGAGAUAUCGCGUGCGAUUGCACUCGGACAACUCUGUGAAGGUAGUUGCCAAGAAGAAUCUGCGCUUGCUCACGUACCAGGAUUUGCAGCUUCCUGCAGCCGAGCCGCCGCUGAGUUCCCGGGCUUCCGGCAGUGGAACUCCAGGCGCAGGCGCAGUGCAGACCCCGCAGACGGACAUCACGCGAGAGAUGGCCCUGAGGGCCGUGGAGCGCCUGAAAAGGGACUGCCACGCCCUGCAGCAGCGCAUUGCGGUGCGGAGAGGAGGAGGCGGCUCCGAAGCCACGCCGGACAUUUGCGACGUCUUCCUGAGGCUCGCUGCCGCGGAAGAGAUGUGCAAGGAAGUCAUCACCAUGUAUCAAGCAGCCAAAGGACGGGACCAGGAGCUGCAAGCACUGGGCGAUGCUGCCAUGGAGAUGUGCGAGGCCACCGUACAGGACUACCAGGAGGUCCGUUCCUGGCAGGAGUACUUCCAGGAUGAGGUGAACGUGACCAAGUACAGCGUGAAAAAGCACGGGAUCCUGGGCACGCUCAAGAACGAGGUCGUCGAGGUGGGCCAGGACGUGGCGGACAUCGGCCGCGGCGCUUCGGAGGUGAUCCGCACCGGGAGCACCCAGGUCCCUGGCCUUGUGCGCGCGGCCACGGGCACCGUGAACAACGUGGUCCAGACCGGAACCGCUGCUGCGGCCUCCACCGCGGGCACUUUCGCCACGAGGGGCCAGCAGCAGCUCACUACCGCCCUCCACGACUCAGUGGUGUCCCCAGUGAAGCGUGCUUGGCAUUUGCUGGUCUUUGGCUUUUUCCUUUGCUUCCUGGUGCCCCUCUUCGCUUUGAGGAGCUAUGCGCCCUUCAACACCGUUGUCUCGAAUUUAGGUGUGCUUUACCUGGCAGUGUGCACUUGCUGCCCACCCAGGGGGAUGCACCAUAGAGCUGCAAAGGCUGCUCUGAUCCUUCUCUACCCCCUGGUCACGGCGGCUGAGGUGGCCCUGCCCAUUGGCCUCCAGUACUACGCCACCCACCCGAAUCUGUCGCAAGACAUGCAAGACGUGGGCGCCUCUCUGCGGAGGUUGCCGGGGAUCCCGGAAAAAAUCGGAUGGAAGCCCGGUGAGGAUAUCGGCGGUAUUUUGGGAGACCAUUUGAAGCCAUGUCAUGUGGACAAGUGGCCUUGGAUUGUGAUGCCCACUGCCUGCGACCUGAUCGCACCUUGCCCUUGCCGGGGCUCCGCAGCCUUUGUGCACCAAAGCUGCCUCACCAAGGCCUACAUGCACAAAGCGCACUGGCAUGAGCUCUGCUGCCCCACUUGUGGCCACCCCUUUCGCGGCGAGACGGCGGCUGCACUAGGCACAAUUGGUCUUGCCCAUUGUGAGACAGCCUAUGGCAAGACCUCUCUACAGGUUGCCCGAGUGCUGUGCAGCUUGGCGUUGGCACGUGGGGACAUGGGACACUUCCAGCAGCAGCUGCAGACUUUGCAUCGGGCCUUGGCCAUCUACGAGAAGGAAUUCGGGGAGCAGCAUGUGACCGUGGCCGUGACGACAGGCAUCAUGGCGGAUGCCCACGGACGACUGGGCGACUAUUCCAGGCAGAAGGAGCUGGCAGAACGAGCGCUGCUCAUCGAGGAGCAGACGUUUGGCAAGGAUCACGUAAACUUAUCGUCUACUCUCGGCACCCUGGCUGCUGCUUAUCGCGGUUUGGGGGACUACCACAAGCAGAAAGAGUUGCUGCUGAGGGCGGUGGAGAUUGAUUCCAAGAACCUGGGCGAGGACCACGCAAACACGGCCACCACCAUGGUCAACUUGGCGGAUGCCUAUGGGAACCUGGGGGACUACGGGCUGCAGCGCAAGCUGCUGCGGCGAGCCGGGGAGAUCAAGGAGCGGCACUUCGGGCCCGACCACGUGAACACCUCAGUGGCGCUGGUGAAUCUGGCCAGUGCUUAUGGCCACGAGGGCAACUACCAGGUCCAGCGGCAGCUGCUGCAGCGGGCCCUCGCCAUCAAGGAAGCCGAAUUCGGCAAGGAGCACAUCAACACCGCCGUGGCUCUGCGGAGCUUGGCAGAGAGCUUCGGACACUUGGGGGACUACAAGGGGCAGAAGGAGUUGCUCUUGCGGGCGCUGGCGAUUCUGCAGCGAGACUUUGGCGCUGGCCAUGUGGAGGUGGCCAGCACACUGGGGAACCUCUCCAUCGCCCUGGGCAGCUUGGGACAGUACCAGGAGCAGCUGAGCCUGGCCCAGCAAGCGCUCGCUGGCACCCGGGACGUUUUGGGCGAAGACCACGUAAAGACGGCUGCUGCCUGGAGAGUCCUGGCGCACGCACAUGCCAGCUCUGGACAGUACCAGGCCGGCUUUGACGCUGCCGAGCGCAGUUUGGGCAUCCUGGAGACCAACUUCGGGGAGAACCAUGUCCUGGUGGCAGAGGCCCUGGGGACGCUGGCCCAUGGUGCAGGCAACCUCGGCAGGUAUCAACAGCAGAAGACCUUGGCCGAGAGAAGCCUGCGGAUCAAGGCCCGGCACUUCGGCGCACAGCACGCUGCGUUGCUGGGCCCGCUGGGCGCUGUCUCCAGCGCCCUCGCGGAGCUCGGGGACCUGGACGAUGCGCGGGACGUGGCACGGCGCGCCCUCCGGAUAAGUUGCGGCGCCUUCGGCGAGACGCAUCUGAAGACUUUGGGUCCUCUCUGCGCUUUGGCGAAUGCCACCGGCGGCUUGGGCAACUUCCAGGAGAAGCGCGACUUGUUCAAGAGCGCCCUGAGCAUUGCCGAGAGGGAGCUGGGUGCGGAGCAUGUGGACGUGUCCAUGGUGUUGAGAGGCCUGGGCUCCGCCGGCGCCGAGCUGGGCGAGCCCGGCUGCCUCGAGCUCCUGGCCCGCGCAGCGCGCAUCCAAGCGCAGUGCUUUGGAGAGGAUCACAUUGAGCUGGCAAGGACACUGCGGUGCAAGGGCAUGGCACUCCUCGCUACCGACGCCUCCUGCGAAGCGCGGGCGGUGCUGGAGAAGGCGCUGGACAUCUUCCAGCGGCACUUGGGGAAGGAGCAUUUGCAAGUGGCCAAGACCUUGCGGCACCUGGCGCUGGCGAAUCCUCCGGGCAGCUUGGAGCGUGCGAGGGCGGCACAGCGGGCGAUCAGCAUCCUGGAGCGCGAGGCCCACAUGGAUGGACAGGUUUGGCGCAAAUCCACCAGCGAGUGGCCAGCGUCCGUGACGCGGUCCGUGCAGCAGUUGGGGGAGCGAGUAGGCGAGCGCUUCGAGCCAGGCCGGGCGCCGAAGUCUAUACCAGACUCACAGCCAUUGCCGGCGCCGCCCCCGCCGCCUGCGCCCCCGGCACCAGCCGCCCCGGCGCCAGCCGCCCCGGCGCCAGAGGCGCCGGCGGCGCCGCCAGCACCACCAGAACCGAAGGAGGACACGGCGCCCGAGACCAGAAAGGGCCCGGUCUGGUGGCUGAGAUGGCUGCUGUCGCGCUUUCGCAAGCCUGCUCUCCGCGGCUCGUUGCCUGAUGGGGCUGACGCAUUCGUGAUGCCUGUGAGAUACACAGGUCGUUUGGCCACGACUGCGCACCCGAGACUGAGAAGGAGAAGCCUCCGGGUGCAGGGCAAGAAGAAGAUGGGCCCCGCGGAGCCGAAAGCGGCGAAGCCGGUGGACGAUGGCUUCGACAUGUUCGGCUGA